AUUAGUUUGAUAUCCAGAAAAUCCUUCCCUUAUCGUGUCGUCGUCUUCGUUCUGGUAUUUUGGCUAACCAACGAUAGAAAUGGCACUCUGCUAAAAAUCUCUACUUGCAGAGAAGGCUUCUCCUUUAAGCUGUUUAUCUCCCAUUUUUACAUUGAACUUCUGGGCAUGUAUUGAUUCUGGGUUUUGAGAAUGGAAUGCGGCUCUUGUAGUUCCUCAGUUGGUGGCGGUGCUAGGGCUUUGUGGUGUGGUAAAGGAUUGGUUUCAACUCACAAAAUGGUGCCUUUCAGGAUUUCUCUCGGUGUCAAAUCGGAAUUUCUGAAGUUUAACCCAUGCCCUGGUCUUGGUUUUCUUUAUUCUAUGCAGCACUCUAACCAUAAAAUCAAAGUUCAAUUAAAGUCAUCUCAGAAGAUGCAUCCAUCGUAUGCAUCGGUUAUCAAGGCCGAACAUCCUCAAAAUACUGAUUUGCCUCGGUACUAUUCCAGGAAGGAGAAGAAACCGUUCCCAGUACCCAUAGUAGAAUUGAGGCGUGCUGCAAGGGAGAGGAUUAAGAAAAGGAAAGGUCAGCCUAGAAGACCAGUUCCACCUCCAAAGAAUGGGAUGCUUGUAAAAAGUUUCAUACCAAUCGCCUAUGAUGUUUAUAAUUCAAGAAUAGCGUUGAUAAACAAUCUUAAGAAGCUCUUAAGAGCGGUACCUGUCCAUGCUUGCAAAAGUCAUAGAACUGUUCUGACUGCCUCAAUACAAUUAUGCAGGUACUGUAAUGAAAUUCAUGUGGGGCCAACCGGACAUCCAUUCAGAUCUUGUACAGGCCAAAAUGCCAGUGCUCGAAGGGGCCUUCAUGACUGGACAACUGCAACCGUGGAAGACAUAUUUCUACCUGUUGAAGCUUACCACCUCUAUGACCGCCUCGGGAAACGAAUUCCUCAUGAUCAGAGAUUCGCAAUUCCGCGGAUUCCAGCAUUAGUUGAGCUUUGCAUUCAAGCUGGUGUUGACAUCCCUGACUUUCCCACUAAAAGGAGAAGAAAGCCAAUAAUUCGAAUUAACAAGAGUGAAUUUGUAGACGCUGAUGAAAGUGAACUGCCAGAUCCUGAUCCUAAAGCUCCUAAGCCACCAAUACUAACUGAAAUACCCGAUUUUGAAAUAGUUGGUCCGUCCAACGAAGAAGAAACAACAUUGCUCGCUGAGGAAACACUUCAAGUAUGGGAAAAGAUGAGGAAAGGAGCACAGAAGCUAAUGAAGCUUUAUCCAGUAAGAGUUUGCGGAUAUUGCCCUGAGUUACACAUUGGCCCCAGUGGCCACAAGGCGCAGAACUGCGGUGCCCACAAACACCAACAGCGAAACGGGCAGCAUGGUUGGCAGUCUGCCGUCAUUGAUGACUUGAUACCGCCACGGUAUGUCUGGCAUGUUCCUGAUGUUAAUGGUCCACCAUUGCAGAGGGAGCUCAGGAGCUUCUAUGGUCAAGGCCCUGCUGUGGUUGAAAUGUGUAUGCAGGCUGGUGCAGCCGUUCCUGAACAAUUCAGAGGAACCAUGAGGUUAGAUGUGGGAAUCCCAACAGAUCCUAAAGAAGCUGAAAUGGUAGUUUGAAAAUCAUAUUUUACAUAAUGAAAAAAGAAUAUAUAUUCUAUAAAUCUUUCUAUUGUUGAUAUUUCUCAGUUAUCUUUUGUAAAUGUAAUGCAGUGAUCGAAAUUGGAACUUUAAUAGUAAGUCAUAUUGAUGGUAUUGUUCCUUGUUCAAA